AUGGCCCUCUCAGAAAACAAACAAAGAAUGCUCCGCGGCGAGCUCUACCACGCCUUCACGCCCGAGCUCAUCGCCGAGCGCGACCGUUGCGCGCAGGCCCUAAAACGCUACAACAGCGCUAGCGCUGGCGAAGUAUCCCGACGGCGACAAGUAGAGUUAUGGAGGGACGUCCUCGGCGAUAAAACGCCUCUACCGCCCCAAAAAGACACCCAAGAAGAAGACGACAGACUGUUCGCCUCCGAGCCCAUCAUCCUGACCCCCAUAGUCAUAGACUACGGUACCAACGUCCGCGUCGCCUCCGGCGCCUUCAUAAACUUCAACUGCACAAUCCUGGACACCUGUCUCGUAACCAUCGGGGCACGAACCCUAAUCGGGCCCAACGUAUCCCUCUACAGCGGGACCCAUCCGCUGGAUCCAGAGCUGCGGAACGGGACGCAGGGCCCGGAGAUGGGCAAGGAGAUCCACGUUGGCGAGGACUGCUGGAUUGGUGGAAAUGUGGUGGUGUUGCCGGGCGUGAGGUUGGGACGGGGGUGCGUGGUUGGGGCUGGAAGCGUCGUGACGAAGGAUGUGCCAGACUUUCACGUUGCGGCGGGGAACCCGGCGAGGGUGAUUAGGAGGAUUGAGACGAGGAUGGAUCCGGAGCAGUCAAGGACUUCCGAGGAGGCCCAAAAGGAGGGGGCGGAAAAGGCGAUGGGGGAGAUGAAGGAGGCGAACUAG